UGACUUUGUUGUUACAAACAAAAAAAAGUGACUUUAGGAGAUAAUUUGGGAUAGUUGAGUGACCAUUUGAGUAAUAGUCACUCAACUAUUAGGUGGGAGGGUCAUUUAGCUAUAAACCAUUAGCACUUCAUUUUUUAAUCAACGAGGUACAAUUGGCACAUAAUUUUUACUUGUUUAGUUUUAUUUAUCACGGCACAUUUAGAUAUAUAUAGUUUUUCGAAAAAAACUAUGACUUUGCUAUUAGUUUAUAUUGAAUUGAUGGAUGUAGAUUUGCUCAACAUUGACACAACCAGUAUAGCUUCUCUAGAGGAACUGCACAGUGAGCUGGAAUCAAAUGGAAUGAAGUUGGCACUAGCGAACCCAAGGUGGCAUGUGAUCCACAAAUUGAGGUUAGCCAAAUUUGUGAAGAAAAUUGAAGGGAGGGUCUUUUUGACCAUUGGAGAAGCCAUUGAAGCAUGUUUUACUAGCAAGAACAUGCAUGCUUCAUCUUUGACUGUGGUUUAAUUUGAUGCUUGUUAAUUUGAGGCCUAGCUAACCUCAGUGCUAUAGUGCUAAACUUCUUCAGUAUGUAUAUUCAAGGGAACAAUAAUAAAAGGAGCUAAUACUAUUAUAUUGUUGCUCCCUAUCACUGAAAGAAUGAUAUAUGGUAGGGGAAAAAAAACUUGAAGAGCUACUGGAUUUCAAUCAGCUGGCUUGAAUUGAACGUUAUUAUGUUGUAACAUAUAUGUUUGUUGCAGUAUGAAUGUAAUAUAUGUGAGUAAUUUUCGCAUA